AUGGAUACAGAAACACCGCAUGUCUUGAACUUCCAUUACCCAGCAUGCGAGCUCCUACCUGCAAGUGCUCAAUUUCCGAUCUUGGAAGUGCCAAAGGACGUGGCAUAUCGCGACCAACCACCUCAGGAUCACCAGCUACGCGAUGCUUUCAGCACCAACUUCUACGUUCUCCUACCGCCCGAGACCCGACAGCAACGACUCGUAACUCCUGAUUCGCACACAGGCCUAAUCACUGCUGUCGAAAACCUCUGUACGGUCCAAGGAUCGUCGUCAUUACGAUUCGUGGCAGCGUUUGAUAGCAGCAAAGGAGCCGUUGUUUGGAGGUACUUGGUCACCUACCAUAGCGGUGCGAUGGAAUUCAAGCAGCGCUUCGAGCUGACUUCUGUCCAACAAGCUGUAUUGCUCAGACUCGCGGGCACUUACAAGUGGAUUCGCAUGCUUGAGCACCUGAUCUGCCGCGAGUCCGAUAUGGCCUUCUACCAUGUGUGGGACAACCUGCAGAAAGCCUAUCCAGAUGCUGAUCUCGAAGCAGAAGCUCUGGAUUGGGACGCAGAAUGGGCAUCUGCUAUAAAACGCACUCCUGGCGAUUUGCUUAACGAUCGUCUGGCCUCCAGUAAUACCUUCGUCGACCUGUCUGGUAAAGGUGUGGUCAAAGCCGUGUUGCCAUGCGGCCACAUUUCCCCAAUCAACUUGGCAGGUCUGAAAAUUAUGACUGCCAACGAAUGCCUGGCAAGCAAAUGCUUCUGUGAUUCGGAGAUCUUGACUGACCAAGACAUGCGCGAGAUUGCCAUCAAGCAUGAGAUUGAUGUUUGCCGGGCCAACUUCCUCAAGCGGAACCUUCUUUGGAAGAAAUUAGACAUUUGCAUCAACAAGCAGAGUGUCGUGACUUUCACGCACUCGACGAUCUUGCUGGCCUUGGACGCGACCUUGGAUUCACUCAAAGCGCCUAAAUCGAUCAUUCCCCGAUCGAUGUGCUUUGCAAAUUCCUACCACGCCAGGAAGCUUGCGACACGUUUCAAGUUGCGCUUCAAUGGACCUAGCCAGCCAGAGGCGAGCACUGUUGGGGAUCUGCUUGCAUUUCUGCUUGACGAGGCUACAUCCGCUCUCGGCGGCGAUGAGGGCUUGCAUCUUCUCCCGCCAGGUAUUGCUGCCUUUGUGCGCCAGUGGAUAAAGCGCGCGGUCAAUUUCCUUGACCUCUGCCGCUGCGACCAGCAAGGCAAGGACCAUAAUGCUCUGCAUCAACAUGGCGAGCGAUUCUUCUAUCGGUGUUCAGGCCAGCAAAGCAAUCAAGAGUCGAUUGAUGAGUUGUUGGAGAAGAUGGAUUUGGCUGGGGGAGUGACGAGUAAAGCCGAGAACUUACAUGAGUUGUUUGGAGACAUGAUGAUGAAUGCGGGAACGAACGUGGCAGAGUAA